GACUGACUGAGGGACGCGGAUUGUCGCAGAGGUUUAGUGACUGUGAGUUGCUGCUACUGUUGCAGAGCGUGACAGUCACAUUGAGGGAGAGACUGAGGCACAUUCAGUGGAGACUUCCACAUCGUGUUUUCUGCCUUUCCUGUAUUUUGUAUCGGUAACACGCUGGAUCAGCAGUGCGUGGAUGGAGUGUAUCUCUCUGGCUUGGAGAAUGAGUUCUACACACUUGUGUCAAUGGAACUGGACCAUUUCUUACAACAGGGAGACCUCAAAACAGUUUUGCUUUUUCCUCCUGUAUCAAGCCGCCUUCGGUACCUGAUACACCAUCUCACUGAGUCUCACAGUGGUUUGAGCAGCUUUUCUGUGGGUGAAGGAUGGCAGCGUAGAACAGUAAUUUGCCAUGCUGAUAUAAGGCUUCCAGAUCAAGAGGGAAAUUCCAGAAAUUCCACUCAAGAACAACACCCUGGGCGCCGCUGGUGCGGCUCCUCACAGUUUUAUAACAGGGGUGGAAGGGGAAGACCAGGGGGCAGACAGUGGAAGUAUGGGAGACCCGACAGAGCUUUGUAUGUUGUCAGAGGGAAGUAUGGGAGGAGGUGUGAAGUAGAAGAGAGGAGUAAUGAGAGGAUAAGAGGGGAAGAACCAAAGCUGAAUGAGGAAAGUGAAAGGUCAGUCGAACAGUGUUAUAGAGAAAUAAAAAAUGAAGAAGAGACAAGGGAGUUUGAACAGAUGGAUGAGCAAGUAGGACUUGAAAAAGUAAAAAUAGGUGCAGAGCUUAAAAGUAAUAACAGAGGGGAGUUAAAGGAUGUGAGUUUAAAGGUCGGAAAUGAAGAGGAUAAGAUAUUUGGAUCUGAAGAUAACGGUAAGAAAGAUGCUUUUGUAGAUAGCAGAAACAAAUAUGUGCUUCAGGAAACACGUGAGGUAGUAGGACUUGAGGGGGAAAAUAAAGCAGAGUUAGAAGAUUGUAAGACUAGUGCUGGACUUGAGGAAAAGUCCAACAGGUUUGUGAUAGGAGCAGAGAGUGUUAAAUCUGAAGAAAAAGAGAAGAGUUUUAGGCUUUUGGGUGAGGAGAGUGGGCCAGUGGGCCAUAAAGAGGUGAAGGAGAAUGAUGAUAUAGUGGAGUUUACAAACCAAGAGGAAGAUACAGAUGGAGCUAAAGGUGACCUAUUUGAAAAGAAAAACACAAGAGGAAACCCUGUACCAGAACAGGAUUGUUGGAUGCUAGAUGGAGAGAAGAAUAAGGAAGAUAAAUUGGAAAAGGAGGAAAAGAAAACAAAGAUGGAGGAACGUAUCAGUAAGUCUUCAGAAGAGUGGGAAAAGGUGGAGAAUGUAAAUGAGGCAGAGCUUUCUAGUGCUUCUAAUGACUGUCCGGUUACAGUAGUGAUAAAGCAGCAGGCAGAGACAGAAACUGUAUUGAGCAUGCACAAAGAGCACAAGCUACAGGAGACCCCAACACUAUCCAACGUGGGUAGAGAAGGUAAUUCUCAAGGUUGUGAUGGAGAUGCUGGGAUUUCAGAAAGAGCGGCUGAUGAGAGCAGAGAAACAGGGUACAGUCAGGCAGGGGAUGAGGGGGUACAGACAGGUUGUGCCCAGGCCAUGACAGGAGAACUAAAUAUUCAGAUGGAUACCAGAGUUACAGUGACUGAAGAGGGAGCUGAGGGUAUUGUAACUGAGACAGCAGGAAGUGACUCCCUAGACACGGCUAAAGGAUUUGCAAAAGUAGAUCCGCCAUUAUGUGUCACAGACAGACAGAAUGAAAGAGAUGGAAGGAGUGAAGAGGAGACGGAAGAACCAACAGCCCACAGGUCACAUACAGUGGAAAAUCCAGAGGAAAUGAUGAUGCAGAUUCUAAAGGAGAUCAGCACUCAUGUAAGUGAAAAGGAUCUACAAAUUCAGCCUCUCCUGGGGGAUUAUUCUGGAUUCACUGAGAUGCAGACUGAUCAAGGGAGAUUUGGCCAUAUUAUAGAGGUGUAUGGCUUCUCAUCAAAGCUCCGCACUGAGGAUCUUAUGGCUCCAUUUGAGGAGUACAGAGAGAGAGGUUUCCGUCUGGAGUGGGUUGAUCAGACUCAUGCACUAGGAAUAUUCUCCAGCCCCGAGGAUGCAUUUGCUGCCUCCUGCCAAGCACACCCCUCCAUGAAGUUUCGCCCCCUGUCUCAAGGUAGCCGACAGUCUAAGCUGCGUGCUCAAGAACGAGCAGAAUUUUUCCAGCCCUACAAAGACAGACCUCAAAUGGAUACAGCCGUGGCAAGGAGAUUAGUAAACAGGGCCCUUGGCCUCCAAAAGCAACAAGAAAAACCAGUGACCGAGGAGUAAGCAUCAAGUCUUGGGCUAUUCUAAGUGCAUUCCAACAGGACAGUCUGCGUAACAGCCCAUAUUUGUGUCUGCAGCAGAAAAGGGACCAUGAGUAAUCCAUACAGAGUUUUCAGUUGGUGCUUAAGGGGCUCGCUGUAUCAGCAUUUUUUUUUAGUAUCUGUUGUUUUCUUAUUUUGUGCUCUACAAUGUUUGGGACUAAUACAUGGUCUUCUAUAAAUGAAUUGUUGCACUAUAAA